AAUCGCGGUCCCGUCGGAAGCAAAAUUAGCAGCUGACGCGUUCUCGAGGCCCAUACAAUUGCAUACCCACCACUCAAGCCAUUGACCAUAAUGCCGGCACCGAUUCCGACAAAGAAAGCUAAUGGAGGGGGGAUGAAGGCGUACUACCAGGCCAAGAUUGAGGCGGCAGAACUGACUAUCAACCAAAAAACGCAGAAUUUGCAGCGCCUGGAAGCUCAGCGCAAUGCUCUCAAUGCGCGAGGUACGUCUUUAGUCUACUAUCGUGAUUAAUUGCAUUAUCGAUUUUUGUUGCCCUUGUCUUGG